AUGCAAAUUGAAGAGCUGCAGGAGUCGAGUGAUCAUGCGCGAAAGUGUCGAAGCAAGAGUGCCAUGGGACCUGCGAUCUUGAGAGAACGAUACUAUGCGGCUUCCCUCGGUGAGGCUCACACAAGUUACAACAAUCGGAGAUGGAGCGAUAACGUUACCGCCGGCAACUCCCAAGCGCAAGUUACCGCCACCCGAAAUCUCCGCACCCCGCAGAUAGCCUGUCGCUUUCUGACACCUUGCGCUAUUUGGUCGACUAUGCCUGCAGCGUCCUCGAAACUGCCCUUCUCAUUGUCCUCUCUGCGCCGCAGCUUCUUCCAUAGAGCCUACUACUCCUCUUAUCCAAACACCAUGGCUUCCAAGCAGCCUGCCAAGGACUUUUUGUCCUUUGUCAAUGCCUCUCCCACCCCUUUUCACGCCGUUCAGUCCGCCAAGGAUCUACUGACCAAGGCCGGGUUCGAGGAGAUCAAGGAGAAAGACUCUUGGGCCAACACCUGCAAGCCAGGUGGCAAGUACUUCUUGACUCGCAACACUACCACCUUGGUUGCUUUCGCCAUUGGUAAGAAAUGGCAGCCGGGUAAUUCUAUCUCCAUGAUUGGUGCUCACACCGACUCUCCUGUCUUGCGGGUCAAGCCCGUGAGCAAAAAGAGCGGAGAGGGCUUCCUCCAAGUGGGCGUCGAGACAUACGGUGGUGGCAUUUGGCACACAUGGUUUGACCGCGACCUGGGUGUCGCUGGGCGUGUCAUGACCCGCGCCAGUGAUGGGUCAAUCGUUCAAAAGCUGGUCAAGGUCGACCGUCCAAUUCUUCGUAUUCCCACCCUGGCAAUUCAUCUGGAUCGGACGACUGACUUCUCCUUCAAUAAGGAGACGCAGCUGUUCCCAAUUGCUGGCUUAGUUGCGGCUGAACUCAACCGCACUAGCGCAGAUGGAUCAAAUGCCCAAGAGGCCGAGAAAGUGGACGAUUUUUCUCCUCUCAAGGCUGUGACUGAGCGUCAUCACUCGCACUUUGUUGAGCUGGUGGCCGCUGAGGCGGGUGUCAAGCCCGAGGAUAUCCUGGAUUUCGAAUUGAUUCUGUUCGACACUCAGAAAUCCUGCCUGGGUGGCAUGCGCGAGGAAUUCAUCUUCUCUCCCCGUCUCGAUAACCUGAACAGCUCUUACUGUGCCACAGUCAGUCUGAUUGAGUCGGUCUCGGAAAAGUCAUCCCUCGACAACGAAUCUGCCAUUCGUUUGAUUGCUCUCUUUGACCACGAGGAAAUUGGUAGUCGUACUGCUCAGGGAGCCGACUCCAAUGCUCUUCCGGCUAUCAUCCGCCGCCUUUCAGUCCUUCCCUCAUCCUCUACAUCGAACGCUGAUCUCUCCACGGCAUAUGAGCAGACCCUGUCCACCUCCUUCUUGGUGUCUGCUGACAUGGCUCACUCAAUCAACCCCAAUUACGCCGGGAAGUAUGAGCAGGAUCACAAGCCUGAAAUGAACAAGGGUCCUGUGAUCAAGAUCAACGCCAACGCUCGAUAUGCGACCAACUCCCCUGGUAUCGUUCUGCUCCAGGAGGUGGCUCGCAAGGCAGCGGCAGAGAAGGGUGAGCCCAUUCCGCUGCAAUUGUUCGUUGUGCGUAACGACUCCAGCUGUGGUAGCACCAUCGGUCCCAUGCUUUCUGCUGCCCUUGGUGCACGUACUCUGGAUCUGGGCAACCCUCAAUUGAGUAUGCACAGUAUCCGUGAAACCGGUGGAACAUAUGAUGUCGCGUACUCUAUCCGCCUCUUCACUGGGUUCUUCCAGCAUUACUCGGAUCUGUCCAAGACUAUCUUUGUGGAUUAA